GCAAGAUAAAGCCUGUGACGACGUGUAAGAACAUCUGCGAAAUCAGUCACAGCCAUUCAGUGCAAGUUCCCGCCCAGCACAGAAAGCACGCACAUUUUUACUGUGAUGGUUCCCGUACUCGGCUACUGGAACGUCAGGUCCCUGGGACAACCUAUCCGCAACUUGCUCAUCUACAAGGGAGUCGAGUUCGAGGACAAACAGUACGAAAUUGGUCGCCCGCCCGACUACGGCAGCACCGCCUGGCUCAAGGAAAAGUCCACGCUCAGCCUCACGUUCCCCGACCUUCCGUACUACAUCGACGACGACGUUAGGCUGACCCAGAGCUUGGCCAUCCUCCGCUACCUGGGACGAAAGCAUGACCUGGCUGCCAGGAAUGAGCAGGAGACCGCAGAACUGGACGUGAUCGAGCAGCAGGCCCGGGACCUGUGCCUCAAGCUGAUCAAUGCGGCCACGCCGAAACCUAAGGACGAGUACGGUCUCGACUCGUACUCCAAGAAGGUGGUCGAUGUCCUGGAGCCCUGGGACCACUUCCUAGCCGUCAGGAAGUGGACGAUGGGGGACAGGUUGACAUACGUGGACUUCCUGCUCUACGAAGGGCUCGACUGGCACCGACAGUUCAAACCAUGGGUUGUGCAAGGCUACAUGAACAUCGUGGAGUAUCUGAAGAGGUUCGAGCAGCUCCCCAACAUCGAGGACUAUUUCACUUCGGACCGCUAUAAAAUAUGGCCUAUCCUGGGCCCCAUGAGGACGUGGGGCUACAAGAAGUGUUCCAAGUGAGACGCGUAGGCUGUUGUAACUGUUUGCUUCCAAAAUAAAGUGCUCCGGUAUAUUCUUCGUCAA